UACAGUACUCAUUCUGCAGUUGCCCAAACUAGAGGCUUCCCUGCAUCACUGGAUGCCGUUAUUGCAUUUACUUAGCUAUGGAGCUGCUCUAGGUGCCUUCGUUUUCAUGGUCCUCUCACUUGCCAGCGGACUGCUAUGGAUUUCCGAGGUUAUUGAAGAACACUCGAGAUCUUCCAAAGUCAUAGGUCAGAGGGGUAUUUAUGUUGUUAUUGCCCUGCACGUACUCCUCUACUUCUUCGACUCCCUACCUCUGCCGCAAACGCUUUUCUCCAUAUUCUGCCACUUUGUCUACCUCCAAAACUUCUCGGCGUCCUGGCCGUUCAUCUCCCUGAUGUCUCCGUCGUUCCUGGCAUCGUGCGCGCUAGUGGUGAUUGACCACUUCCUGUGGUUCUUCUACUUCUCUCGCAUCACCCAAGAAGCCCGCCAAAGGUCCCACCGCGCUUACCGUGGAUAUCCAGGCUCAGCACCUCCUGUGAGGGUUCCUGGGUUCGCUGACAUCGCAACAUUCUUUGGGAUCUGUGUGUGGCUUGCCCCGCUCUUUUUGUUUCUCAGUCUGAGCGCAAAUGACAAUGCCUUGCCUACUGUUACCGGAGAGCCCAGCACACCCACAAGCCCCUCAAAACCUAUCCUUGUGCAACCUCGAUCUUCUCUCUUCAAAUCGCUGCUCAGGAUCCUACCUAUUGACUCCAUGCCUCGUAUCCGCCCCCGAACGCGCAGAAGGGAGACAGAGGGUAUCAUUGCACCGUCCUCCCCAGGCGUGCCUCCAUCACCGGGACUUGGACAUACGUACAGCAACAUUCCAUCACCCAUGUUAUCGCCGAGACAUUCUGCAGAAGUGUGGGUAGGUGUGGGCGCUGACGGCGUGAGGCCGCCACCUUCUUUCACCUUGAGCCCUCCACCUCGAAGGAGCACAGCGCCUCCGGGAGCAGAUGGUUUGGGUUUGAGGAGAACUGCGAGUACCACACAUGAUACUGCUGUAAAAGACAGAUAGCGUAGUUCAUAGAAUUAGUCUGACUUUGGCCAUGGUAAAUAUCUACG